AAAAAUUUAAAAACACCCCAUUAUUGAGAACGAAAGACCGGUAGGUCCGCAAACAAAGAUCCGUGUAUCGGAAGCAUAACUGGAAUUGCUGAGAGCUUAGAACACAGUUUGGUGAUUUGACCAAAACAGAACAAAAACGAAAAAAACGAAGAAGAAAACAGAACAGAGAUUGGUGGUGAACAAUAUUUGGUGGACAAGUGAAGUGACAGUGAUUAGCACAGCGAAUUGCGAAAGAAGAGAGAAUGCAUUACUGGUUUCGAGCUUCUUCCUCUGAUUUUGCUGGAACUCUACCCCAACCUCGCAGUGGUCACACUGCCGUCAUUAUCGGUGGAUCGAAGGUGGUCGUGUUCGGAGGCCUUAUAGAGAAGAAGUUUCUCAGCGAUAUCGUCGUCUAUGACAUUGAUAACAAAUUGUGGUUUCAGCCAGAGUGCACUGGUGGCUCUGAUGGACAAGUCGGUCCAAGCCCGCGAGCCUUUCACGUUGCUGUUGUGAUUGAUUGUCAUAUGUUCAUCUUUGGUGGGCGUUCCGGUGGCAAGAGGUUAGGUGACUUUUGGGUCCUGGAUACUGACAUAUGGCAAUGGUCAGAGUUAACAAGUUUUGGCGACUUACCUUCCGCACGAGAUUUUGCUGCAGCUUCAGCUAUUGGAAAUCGGAAAAUUGUUAUGUAUGGUGGCUGGGAUGGUAAAAAGUGGUUGUCAGAUGUGUAUGUCAUGGAUACAAUAUCACUAGAGUGGAUGGAGCUGUCAGUUACUGGAUCGUUGCCACCAGCAAGAUGUGGCCAUACAGCUACCAUGGUUGAGAAAAGGUUGCUUGUCUAUGGUGGCAGAGGAGGUGGAGGUCCAAUCAUGGGUGAUUUAUGGGCUCUGAAGGGUCUAAUCGAAGAAGAGAAUGAAACACCUGGAUGGACCCAAUUGAAGCUUCCUGGUCAAGCUCCUUCUCCACGUUGUGGCCAUACCAUCACAUCGGGAGGGCACUAUCUGUUGCUAUUUGGUGGCCAUGGAACGGGUGGCUGGUUGAGUCGUUAUGACAUUUAUUACAAUGACUGCAUUGUUUUAGACAGGGUUUCUGCGCAGUGGAAGCGCUUGCCUACUGGCAAUGAACCCCCUCCUGCUCGAGCAUAUCAUUCUCUAACAUGCAUGGGUUCGCGUUAUCUGUUAUUUGGUGGCUUUGAUGGAAAAUCAACAUUUGGUGAUCUAUGGUGGUUGGUUCCCGAAGAGGACUCUAUUGCAAAGAGAUUACUUGCGACUUCACCAACCAAUCUUCCUCAAAAUAAGGAUGUGGUGAUGGGAAAUAAUAAUGUCCAAUCUGAAGGCAAGGAGAGCCAAAUGGAAGAAUCUGUUGUUUCAGAGUUACAAAAAAGAUUAGGAAUAUCAGUUUCUCUCCUUGGUAAUGGUGUUCCAAUUGUGGAUGAGUUGGAAGACAGAGAAUUUGUUCAACUAGCAUCGAGUUUGGUUGGAGAAAGAGUUUCUAGUAAUCAACAGGUUUCAGAUAUUCAGGCACUUCGUGACCACUGGAGGAAAUCUACACCAAGACAUAUACCACUUAAAGAGCUUGGACCCUUGCUUCGGGACUACCAACGGUUGAUUACUCGUCAUCUUCAGGCGAAUGGUGGAUCUCAUAUGCAGUUCAUCGAGUCUAGUUUUCCUGGAAAAGUAGCUUAUGGGUUUUAUCAUAUCAGAAAUGUUAACCAGUUGCGUAUGGAUGACAUCCCAAAGCUUCUGGCAGAGUACAAACAACUACUGCCAAAUUAAGUGGAGGUGAAAAAACUAAAACUAAAAAAAGCGCUGUCCUCUAAAAGAUAUAUUGUGACCAAUCUCCAUUUUCAUUGAAGUUAAGGUAUUUUGCUCGCAUGUUUCUCCGGCACAAACCUCCACUUGUGAACUCAUUGCUAGACUGAUUUAAAGAUCUUGUACAUGUCGACCAUAGACUUGUUGAAAGAUGCCAAUAUUACUGUCUUUCUGACAUCCUUAGAAUCCACUGCUGUUUUAGAUGAUAUAUUAUGCUUGGUAGACCUUUUUAAGGUAUACAGGUAUAUGUAUAUAUAUAUGAAAUGAAUGAACUUCUUAGUACCACUAUGUGGAAAUUUCAGAUUAUUUAUUGAAACUUCUUUGCAUAUGUUAUGAAUGAACUCGAUCUUCAAAAUCGA